AUUUUGUGAAAAGUUGGUGACAAUUUUAGGGGCGGAGUUUUUAAUAAUUUUUCCAAAAUUAUUCCUGAUAGCGAGAUGUCUUCACCACCACCAACAAAACCUCCUCGCGGGGUAAAACAGGGAAAAGAAACGAGUGGUCUAUUGAUGUCAGUGAUCCGCACCCUAUCGGCGAGUGAGACAAACGAACAGCGCGAGAAAGAGAGGGCGAAGUUGGAGAAGGAGUACAAGAAGAGUGAUGCACGGCUCGAUGAACUGGUCGCUGCUCAUGCACAAGAGAUUAUGGACGUUAUGCAGAAAUUCAGCAGCGUCAGUGCAGCGCUAACAGUGUGGGGGCAGCACUGUGACGCAGCGGUAGCCCGCUUGGGCGCCUGCCGUGGUCUCUUGCAGCUGCGAAGGGACGAUCUGAAGCGACUGUGGGCGGACUCUAGGACGCAUCAUUAUGCAUUGCAGAUGUUGACUGACAUCGAACGCGUGGUGGUAUCAGAGCGUGAAAGCCGCUCGCUUGUAGCGGCGGGUCGCGUGCUAGCGGCGGCUCACACGCUACGAGCGGCGCAGGACACGGCCGCCACGACGCUGGCGCACGUCACCGCGCUGCACGCCACGCGACAGCACCUCGAGGCCAAAAAACAAGAGCUGGUGGAGGUAAUCGUGCGUCGCAUCAGCGAAGCGGUGUACCGCGGUGAUCGCGGGCCGCUCUCACUGCGGAUGUCUGCAAGGAGGCGCACUGCGCUUCUAUUAGCUGAGCUAACCAAAACCGAGGAGGUAACGGACGCGUACUUGCAAGACAUUACUCCUGAGUACGAGGCAUCACUGUCGGAGGAGGACCGCACUUUCGAGACCACCGUCAUGAUUUCGCUCGAGGCAUUGGGAGUAUUGGAGCAGCUGAAGGAAGCCACUGAGAAAUUCAAAGUCCAAAUCCAAGACGAGCUCCUCGAAGUGAUCGGCAGCGUAUCGGAACGAAUCAUCGAGUACGGCGCAGGAUUGCCGCUGGAUGACGUCGAGCCGUGCGAGGGAGAUGGCGUGACGCCCGACGCGCCGGGAGUGACAGAGACGGGGCGAGCGCUGGCUAGCCUGGUGCAGACGCUUGCACAUGAGUUCCGCGCAACUAUGCUUAGGAAUAGAAGGCUCUUACAGCUGUGGCGCGCUGCCCUGCAGAGGCAUAAGAUACCCGACUCGUGCCUCCACACGGAACAGCAUUACUGGAGCGCCGUACAGCAAGUUCUCCAGCUUCUCCUAACCGAAUACCUAGACAUCGAGAGUGUGAACCUGGCACUAGUGCGAGGCCCCGGCGCGGCCGCCAGCGAGCAAGGCGCUGACUUACGCUUGGCGGAUUAUUUCGCUAAGAAGCGCCCUACGAGGCGACGACCUAAGCUGUUUAAACUCAAUGUGGGCGCGACCCCGGCAGCCGCUAGUGGCGCGCGACGUCAGCGGUAUCCUCUAGUAUGCCGGCCUGAUCCUGCGCAUCUUCACGCUGUAUUACCACAUCUACACGCUCUCUGCGCUGACAUCGAGCCCGCUGGGUGAGUCUUAUGUACUUGUGAUAGGGACCAUUGUCCCGUGACAGCGCUACCCUCUAGUGUGCCGGCCUGAUCCUGCGCAUCUACACGCCGUAUUACCACAUCUACACGCUCUCUGCGCAGA